GCAAGUGGCACCCUCAUUAUGAAAGCAGGCUACAGAACAGUGCACACUGCGGUUCACCACUGGCUCACAUUGAUUGUGGUUUAGUUGUGGAUAAAAAGUGGACAGCAGCAACUUCACCCAGAGUGGAAAGCGAGAACAUCAAGAAGACGUCGACACAACCAGAGCAACCUGGCAGCGGCACAGACUUCCAGCUCUUCAGACACUAUGCAGCACAUUCCACAGCCCACGACAAGAAUCUUGAAGCUGGUGCAACAUGCAGUCAGCCUGUUCCUGCUGGUGGUCCUCUUCUCCAUCCUGCAGUAUGUAUUUGACAUGCACUUUGUUUGCUCCUGCAGGCCUGGUGUACAUGCCAGCGGUAUCUACUACUUGACUCUCCCUCCCUUUAUCCUGACUUUUGUCGUCAACAUCGUUGAGCCUUUUUACCGCCGAAAACCUUCUUCCAGUAAACGAUUCUUCAAAUUCCGUUUCCCAAAUAGAUGUGUCUGCCACUACAUCGUAAAGCUUAUCAUAAGGUAUAUCAGUCUCACAGCUCUCUGGAUUUCUCUGGUUUUCUUCGAUGGAGACUGGUACUAUUGCCUGAAGACAAACCUCAACUCAACUCUGACCGGAAUGCCUUGCAAAGCAAAUCUGACCUACGAAGAGAAACGCAUCCAGGACGAUUACAAGACCAAGUCGCUUGACAUUGGUCUUUUCCUGUGCUGUGGUUUUCUGUUUCUCUGGAGCAUCUCAGAAGUUUGGAAAGCCUGCACACUGAGGUACAAAUGCGGCGCUCCCUAUUACAGCGUGGUGUAUGACAACCUGCUGGCGGAGGAAGUCGGCAACCAUUUGAGUGAGCAGCUACAGAAAAUGGCAAAAGACAAAGCGGAAAUACUCUGUAAGGACUACAUUAAAAGCAUCAGGUACCACCAGCAUCUACCAGACGGUGAGGAUGUCAUGCAGAUUUCUGAAGUCUGGGAAAAAGUCUCAGCAUCGGCCUUUUACGAGACAGAAGUUGAAAGAGAAGAAACUGGAGACAAUGACCAUGAACAAAAACGAACAGCAUAGACACCAACUUUAUUUGUAUCAUGCAGAAGGACGGGACUGUUUCAUAAUUCUGUCAUUUUCACUUUCAUUUACAAGCAUAUGUUCUAUUAUUCUUUUUUAUUAAUUAAAAUGUUGUAAUGAUUUAGAAUUGAUUUGGUUUCUUUCUCAUUUGUUUCUACUCCACCCUGUCUCUCUGUUUGCUCCUGGAUUAAUGGAAACAUUAUUGUCACAAUCAUAAAGCAUCCUCAUGAUAUUCUCUUUAUGAUUCACUUGUUUUCAUAAGGAGGAGUUGGCUCAUCUUCAGAUUGUCCAAGGUUCUACAAACCCAUACAUCUCUUGUUUUAGUGUUGCUACACUAGCCACCAAUCAGAUCUGGGUUUCAUUUUAAUAUUUUUGUCAGACCUUUACAGGGUCCAUUGUAUAUUUCAGAUUUGAUUCAAAUAUAAGCCUUUUUCUGUAUUCUGAGUGUAUAAACUCCAAAA